AUCAAAACUAAAUAAAUAAACAGCUGGCUAAUGGGACUUUCUUUUGCACAGAAUAGGCUCACCUUUUCAAAGUCUAGCACUUGGAGUAGAGCUGGAGAAAUUCAACAGGCACUAAAAUUAUUGUGGAGCUACCAGACAGCAGCAGUCAGAGGCCCAGACCUGUGUGGUAUCCAGACAGGCCUUUGUGCCCUUCUAGACAGCCCCCUCCUCGGGGCUCAGGGAAACUGUCUGGCUUCUGAGCUCCCAGGAGGUCUGAGGGGUGUGACCUCCCUCCCUCCUUCCCUCCCUCCCUCCACCCAGGCCCAGCCCAGGGCCGCCUAUAAAGCUGGCCCAGCCUGGCUCUCAGCACUCCAGCUGGGACCCUCCUGAGCCUCCUCCGGGGGCCACGUCCACUCUGCCCCUCCUUCUCGCCAGCAGCACCAUGCGGGCCCUGUGGCUCUGCUGGGCACUCUGGGCACUGCCCCUGGCCGGCCCCGGGGUGGCCCUGACUGAGCAGCAGAUCCUGGGCAGCCUGCUGCAGCAGCUGCACCUCAGCGAGGCACCCGCCCUGGACAAGGCCGACGUGGACGGGCUGGUCAUCCCUGCCCACGUGCGGGCCCAGUACGUGGCCCUGCUGCAGCGCAGCCACGGGGCCCGCUCCCGGGGGAAGAGGUUCAGCCAGAACUUCCGAGAGGUGGUUGGCAGGUUCCUGCUGUCCGAGGCCUCCACGCACCUGCUGGUGUUCGACAUGGAGCAGCGGCUGCCGCCCCACAGCGAGCUGGUGCAGGCGGUGCUGCGCCUCUUCCAGGAGCCGGUCCCCAAGGCGGCGCUCCGCCGGCACGAGCGGCUCUUCCCGCGCAGCGACCGCGCCCGGGUCACCGUCCAGUGGCUGCACAUCCGCGAGGACGGCUCCAACCGCACCUCCCUCAUCGACUCCAGGCUGGUGUCCAUCCACGAGAGCGGCUGGCAGGCCCUGGACGUGACGGAGGCGGUGACCUUCUGGCAGCAGCUGCGCCGGCCCCGGCAGCCGCUGCUGCUGCAGGUGUCUGUGCAGCGGGAGCCCCCGGGCCCGCGGGGCUCGGACGCCCACAGGCUGGUCCGCUUCGCCUCCCAGGGGCCGUCGGGCGGCGGGCAGGGGGAGCCGCAGCUGGAGCUGCACACCCUGGACCUCAGGGACUACGGAGCUCAGGGAAAUUGUGACCCGAAGGUGCCAGCGACCGAGGGCACCCGCUGCUGCCGCCAGGAGAUGUACAUUGACCUGCAGGGGAUGAAAUGGGCUGAGAACUGGGUCCUGGAGCCCCCGGGCUUCCUGGCCUAUGAGUGUGUGGGCACCUGCCAGCAGCCCCCCGAGCCCCUGGCCUUCAGGUGGCCAUUUCUGGGGCCUCGACAGUGCAUCGCCUCGGAGACAACCUCGUUGCCCGUGAUCGUCAGCAUCCAGGAGGGCGGCAAGCCCAGGCCCCAGGUGGUCAGCCUGCCCAACAUGAGGGUGAAGAAGUGCAGCUGUGCCUGGGAUGGGGCGCCCGUGCCAAGGAAGCUGGAGCCGUAGGCACAGCGUGCAGCCAUGGAAGCCUCUGGCUAGACACAUGCACCAAAGCAGGCCUUAACGUAGGUCUUCAUUUUCUACUUAACAAGUUACUCCUGCCCCGACUGAGUGCCCCUCUUUUACCUUCCUCAUGUGUUCUUCCAUUUCUUGUCCUCCUGUCCAUCACCCACCCUAAGCACUUACAUGAGUAACUAAUGCAGCUGGAUUCCUGAGCUGUAGAAGGAAAGCCCAGCCUAUUGGUAAAGGAUGUAGCUGAGCAUGGACAGCUUGUCAGCUAGGAGCUUCUGUUCUCCAGCAAAUUCUUAGCUGAGUAGGGGACAACACACCCGGCCAGGAGAACUGGGAAAAUAGACUGACUUAGUCUAUUACAGGAUGAAUUAAAACAAAACAAAACAAAACAAAACAAUCCCCCUAAUUCCCCUAGGUAGAGGAGGUCUCAGAAAGAACUCCCAUUCACAAACAUGUAGACCCAUUCUGGGCUCUGGUAAAUAUUCUUGGGUCCCCAUUCCCCUGAGAGAGUGCUAGAAGGGCUAUGGAGGGCUUUGGGCUAGAAGCAGUGGGUGAGGAAUGAGGACACCUGGUUUCUGGAUCUAACAGGGCCAUAAACGGUGACCUCACCAAGUGCAGGAGCCUUGGGGCCACCAUUUCCUCUGAAAAAGGAGGAUUUGAGAUCCAGCUCAAGACUUCAUUGCCUUGGAGAUUGGACAGCCCUAAGCUCAGCCACGCCCCUGCUCCUCUGCAGAUGGAGCGUCGCCUGUGCCUACAUAGUUAUCUCCCCCACUGUUUUAGAGAACUUAUCACUAGAACCCACGUGUACUUACAUUUUUUUUAACU